AUGGCUUCGGGUUCAACUGCCAGCGCAAGUGCAAGUGCAAGUGCGAUCCCCUUCACCCCUCCUCAUCCCCUAUCCACCACUUCCCCGCAAACACGAACACAAACACCUUACACUCCACGAUCACAUACAGAGACCACUCCAUUGGUUAGACAGAAUCUAAACGAAGUAAUAAACAGUAACAGUGGUAGUUUCAGCGUGAUUCGACAACCUGGGGAUAGAGAUAAUGGGGAUAUGUCGAAAGGGAAAUAUCAAGAUUGGGAAGAACAGUUUGAGAGGUCGAAACUGAAGGAAUGGGAAGAGAAGGUUGAGAGGGAUUUGAAAGGUUGGAGAGGUGGGAAUGGCAAACCGAGAUCGUACUAUGCCCUUCAGGCUCUCCCUCCCCACUCAUAUUUCCAUCAACCCAUAACAGGGACGAUAGGCAAACAUCUACCGAAAGAGAUCGUAAGAAUAGAAAGGGAUUGGAGUGGUGGGGAGGUGUGUCAGUUCGAUACAGUCUAUCCGAUGGAAUUGGAAGGUAGGAUCCAGCCGCAUCAAAUAUCUGAGUUUAUCACUACCCUCAAUGAGAUCCUGUAUUCGGCGUAUUCUGUCAGAGCGACCAUAUGGGAUAAUCUCAUUGCUGUGGGAACACUCUGGACGAGUUUGAUAUGGAGGGACAGUCAUUUUGAAAAGGAACUGCAAAGAGCUGAACGAUUUAUUGAAGAAUCGAACAAAAGGCUGUUCAAUCCGCAGGGGUUGAACGUGCUUUCCCCACGAUAUGUUGCUUUACAAUUCGUAUUAUUAGCGAAAUGA